UAUUUCACAAUGGAAGAAACUGUUGUUAAUUCAUCUGACACUAAUAAAAUCAGCCAGUCUGCUGUUGGUGAAUGGAAAAAUGAUGAAAAUAUUUCCUAUAAUGAUAACUAUGAGCAGAAUAUAGUAGAAACACUCAAUGAUACUAAAUUAAAUGAUAAUUCGUUAUUUGAAAAUGCAGUUAUAGAAACACAAGAAAAUAACUGCGAUUUCUCUAAUAAUGAAAACACACAAAACACUUGGGCCACUCAAACUGAACCAAAAAAUCAUCAUGGUUAUAAAUUUAACUCAGAAUAUCAGAAAGGACCAGAAUUUAAUAAAUCAAACAAUGAUAAUAAUUCUUUUGAAAAAUCAUAUGGUUAUGAUUCCUCUUCAAAUAAUUUUUCAAAUAACGGACAUGUACGUGGCCGUGGUCGUGGCCGUGGCCGUGGUCGAGGUAUAAUAAAAAAGUUUGAUGAAGAAAAUGAAUCAUUUAGAGAUGAAUAUGACUCUAGUAUUAAUAAUUAUACAGCCUCAGGUCAUCGAGGUCGAGGACGAGGGUUUAAUCGUGGUAGAGGAAGAAGGCGAGAUCAGUCAUCGGAAGUAGGUGGCUGGUAUGGCAAUAGUGAAGAUGGUCAUAAAAAAAAAGAAAAUGAUAAAUCAACUAUUUCAAAAGCAGCGUACAUUCCUCCUGAUAUUGAAAAUGAAGAGUUUAUUGCUGGAAUUGAGGCAGGGCUUAAUUUUGACAAAUAUAAAACUAUUGAAGUAAAAGUGAGUGGAUCUAACCCUCCAAAAAGUAUAACAUCAUUUCAUAAUUCUGGUUUGUGCACUAUUUUGCUAGACAACUUGUCUAACUGUAAUUUCUCCACACCAACUCCAGUACAAAAUUAUGCAAUACCUGUUAUCAUUGAUGGUAGAGAUUUGAUGGCCAGUGCUCAGACUGGUUCUGGAAAAACUGCAGCAUAUGUCUUACCUAUUUUGCAUAAUUUACUGAAGCAACCAACAGAAUUAAUUUAUGACGAAAAUCAUUGUGAACCGCAUGUAGUUAUUAUUGCACCUACAAGAGAGUUAGUUUCACAAAUAAGUGAAUGUGUAUGGAAAUUCAGUAAAGGAACUAAUAUAAGAAAUGGACUAUUGUAUGGUGGCACAUCUAUUUAUCAUCAAAAAUCAAAAAUCCUUCAGAGAGGAGUUCACAUAUUAACUGCUACUCCAGGACGUCUGAUUGAUUUUGUUGAAAAAGGUAUUGUGACUUUCAGAUCAGUCAAAUAUUUUGUUUUGGAUGAAGCAGAUAGAAUGUUGGAUAUGGGAUUUAAACCUGAUAUAGAACAAAUAUUAACGAAUUCGACUAUGACACCCAUAGAAUCAAGACAGACAGUUAUGUUUUCUGCUACAUUUGCGUGUGAAAUACAACAUAUGGCUACUUCUUAUUUGAAACCAGAUUAUAUAUUUGUAGCCGUUGGAGAAAUAGGAGGUGCAUGUAAAGAUGUUGUGCAAAUAGUAAAAGAAGUCACAAAGUUUAAAAAAAAAAAUGCAUUACUUGAUGUACUUAAAGAAAUGGAAAAUUGUCAAGGUACUAUGGUGUUUGUUGAAAGAAAAAAAGUUGCAGAUUAUACAGCUGCAUAUUUAAGUGAAGUGGAUUUCCCUACUACAAGUAUUCAUGGUGAUCGUGAGCAACCUGAACGAGAACAAGCAUUAAGAGAUUUCAAAACAAAUAAAAUGAAAAUUCUAGUAGCCACUGCUGUAGCAGCUCGUGGAUUAGACAUUAAAGGUGUGAAUUAUGUGGUGAACUUUGAUCUACCAAAAACAAUUGAUGAGUAUGUCCAUCGGAUUGGGCGUACUGGUAGAUUAGGAAAUGCCGGUAAAGCUAUUUCAUUUUUUGAUCCAGAAUUUGAUGGUCCACUAGCUCCUGAAUUAAUUAGAAUUCUCAAACAAGCAGAUCAAGAAGUACCAUCAUUUCUUAAUGAUGCUUCUGAACGUAUUCUAGCUUCUCCAGAUAUUGACAAUUUCAAUGAUAUAAGAAUGAAUGUUGAUGUCACAUCCAACCUGGUUGUUACUGAAGAAGAAGAGUGGUAAAACAUGAGUAGUUUAGGAUUUAGAUAAUAUGCUAGAGUAUAAAUAUGAAGUAAUUCUAAAAAUAUGAAUCAGCUAAUAUCAUUAAAAUUAAAAAAUCUAAAUUUGUUUUAACCUAUAAACAUGGUUCGGAACUUAAAGCAUUUGCUUUUUUAUUUGGCUUGAUUAAGGUCUAGAAAAAGUGCAAAAAGUUUUAGAAACGUAUGUCUUGUAACUAUAAUUUAUAAUAUACUGAAAUAUAGUUUUAUA